CUCGAUUAAUACAGGAGGACCGCCAAUUCGCAGAGAAGCUCCUUUUGCGCCUGGGGACCGGGAUAUCGUCUGCCAUCGAGGGCUUUACGGAGAUCUCGUUCAUCCACAGCUCAUCCACCGUCACAGAACCACAGCUACAAGCAUGGCGAGAUCCUCGGGCAGCGAUGGAAUUCUCCUCAGCGCUCCUCGAUCAAGGGCUGCCAAUGCUCCCCAGGCUCAGCCCGCUUUCCCUGCCGAGUCACAUCCACGCCUGGCCAUCAUGACGCCCAGCCGCCUCCUUCUCGGCUCUGUAGCCUCCAGCUUCGUCGGCUUCACUCUCGGGGCAGUCCAAGGCGGACAGAUGGCACAGCUACGCUUCCGCGCAGAGCAUGCGCACAAAAUGCCCGACACCACAGCGGGCUGGUAUCUCUACCACAAGUCCAAGAAUUAUCACGCCAUGCAAGGCGGCAUCCGCGAGGGGUUCCGAAUGGGGCUCAAGACGGGCUUCUGGAGUCUGAUGGCCUUGUCUUUGGAGAGCACGGUGGACCGUUAUCGGGGCAGCAGCGACAUGUUUUCGACCGUCGUGGCGACGCUUACCGUGGCGGGAGCAUUUUCACUCUGGCGUGAGUUUGUCUAAUUUCCUUGUGUUUUUUUCUUCCACUAUUCUGGAAUCCCUGCUCUACGACUUAUUUUCUUCCCGCUGUCCUAAAGGUGAAUGGAACCAGACUAGUCAGGUCUGGCUUUCACCGGCUCGCGCUUUGGCAUGUCAGAGUUCCCCACGCUAUACUGGCAAUCAUCGGAUUAAGAUCGUGUGGCGCCAAAGAAAAAAAAAAGUUGCAAAGAAAUGCCAGGAAAGGAAAUCAAGACCGUGGGGACCAUUAGCUAACAGAAAGCCGACCAUCGGCCGGCACCUGGGCUUACAGAUCGAUUCUCGCUUUCCACCGCUGCUCGCACCGCAAAGUACGGGCUGG